GCUGCCCCUCCCUCCCUCCCUCCCUGUGUCACCGACUCAUCGCCAUUGCUCUUCCGCCAACAUCCUCUUCUCCUCGGUUUCUGUCACCGGCCUAUUUACAGGGUUCAUGGGGUCAUCGAAUAUCAGGGACCUCUUGACAUCGUUUAGUCCUGCAUUGGACUUCUUUGCUAUCAGUUCUGGAGAUGGUCGAAUAAAGAUAUGGGACACCGUGAAAGGUCAGAUCCAGACUGAGUUUGCAGAUAUCACAUCGAGUGAAUCGACAGAUAUAUUUUCUAAACCGGAACGGGGCCACCUUUCUGUUGAUUACAAAUGCAUGAAGUGGUUGUCUCUGGACACCAAAAAAAAAAGAAAGCUUGGAUGCUCGUUGUUAGUACUAGGAACGGGAAGUGGUGAUAUUGUGGCAUUCGACGUGUCUGCCGGUCAAUUGAAAUGGAUAGUUAGUGACUGCCAUCCCGGUGGUGUAAGUGCUAUUUCAUUUUCAACAAAUGGUUCUUGCAUUUACUCAGCUGGUGAAGAUGGGAUGAUUUGCAAAAUUGACCCACUUACGGGAAACUUUCUAGAGAAGUUCAAAGCUUCUACAAAAGCAAUAUCCUCCAUCUCUGUUUCACCAGAUGGGAAGAUAUUGGCAAGUGCAGCUUCACAAUUGAAAACUUUUGACUGUUCCAAGCAGAAAAAGAUACAGAAGUUUUCUGGUCAUCCUGGAGCUGUACGCUGUAUGCAGUUUUCUGAGGAUGGUAAAUACAUCCUCUCUUCUGCUGUUGGUGAGAGAUAUGUUGCAUUGUGGAGGGCAGAUGGGGGCAAGAAGCGGUCAGCAAGCUAUGUUCUUGCAAUGGAGCACCCUGCUGUUCUCCUGGAUAGCAGGUGCAGUGAUACAGGUUUAUUUGUUUUAGCCAUCUCAGAAACAGGAGUUUGUUACAUAUGGUAUGGACAGAAUGUUGAAGACUUACGAAAUGCCAAACCCACUAAAGUUUCAUUAGAUCAUGAAACUUUUCAUUUGAAAAACCACAAGGGUGCAUUACCUGCAGUAUUUGCUGCAAAAUUACUAGGCAUUGCCAAACCUACAUCUGGGCAUGUGUUUAUUGCAUAUGGGUUGCCAGUGAAGCCUUUGUUUCAGAAAUUGUUGGUGCAUUCUGGCAUGGACGUAAAGUUAAACGUUUCGCCUGAUGGUGUUUUUCUUCCAAUAAAUCAGUCUCUUAUGAAAACCAAGAGAGGGCAGGGUGCAAGAAGUGGGGUUACUGCAUUAGACCGUGCGAAUGUGGAGGAUGCCUUACUUCCACUUCCAAAAGUUUUUGAUAAUAAUGAGAAGAUCAGACGUCAAACUUUGAGUUUUGAGACUGAUGAGUUAAUGGUUGAUGCUGUUGAAAGAAGCGGCCAAGCGAACCUCGCUGAUAAUAAAGAUGGCUUGAUGGAUGUUGAUGCUGUAAUAAUUUGCAUGGAAGAGCGAUUGAGAUCAUUAGGUGUACUUAGUAGCAAAGAUGAUAGGACACUCAACUCUGCACUUGAUUCUACUAAAUUUAGGGGUAUCGAUCUUGAAGCCAAUCUGACGCACAAGAAGAUGAGAGCUACUGUUUUGUCUAUGGAACCUAAUGACGCCUAUGAAUUCCUUGGAGUAUUGGUUUCCAUCUGGCAAUCUAGGUCUGGUAGUGGACAGUAUGUUCUUCCAUGGAUAUAUAGUAUAUUGGUAAAUCACAGUCAUUAUGUUAUGGCUCAGGAACCAAUUACCCAGCUGCUCAAUUCGUUGUACAAGAUGUCCAAAUCAAAAGGCGAGUCUGUUCAACCUUUAUUACAAUUAUCAGGCCGUUUGCAACUUGUAACUGUGCAGAUUGACAAGGCUGCUCUGAACAAUGCUCAAAGUGUAGGACGUAAUGACCAAAUGGAUGAUAAUGAAGACGAGGAUGAUGACGUUGAUGAACACCUUUAUGGGGAAGACGAUGACGAGUCCCAAUUAAGUAGUGAUGAUGACAACUAGAUUAAUCUGACCAUAAUAGGGAGUUUGUUCUGGUGGACCCAUGAACUGCUUUUGCUGCCUGGGGCAACUGUUUUGACAUGAAUUUACACUCUUCACAGUCUUCAGGAUGCAUCUUUUGUUGCUGCUGACCGGGUAACUAAAAUUUGUACACUCUUUGGUUCAGCAUCGCAUGCUCGUGCCCUAGCUUGUUGCUCAUUGUGGCAUUCUAUCUUUACUUUUAUUACUUGCUCCGCGGUGGAAUUUUGAGUUUAGCUUGAGAUGGUCGAUGCAUAACGUGUUAUAUUAUUAGCUAGUGGUUUCUUAAGUCUUCGUUAUUUCUUUUGUAAUUCUUUGUGGAAUUGCAAAUGUUGUUGAUUUUUUUUUUCAGUGACUGCAAAUCUAGUUUAUUAAACUUGUUAGAACGUCUAAAAGCCAAAGAAACGUGAUGUGUGUCCAUAAAUGAAUGUGUCCAGACUGCAAAGGAUGCUGCCAGAUGCAAUUUGAGAUACUGGCUUUCGUUUUUUUCCCCUACCCA